AUGGCGGAAUCUAACCUCAAUCCGGAGCAUCAGCAACCGGGAACCGGCUUACCUGGCGGUCCACAGCACCCGGGAAUGCAGCAAAAUCAUCUGCGUCAUUCAGCUCCAUUUUUCAACGGUCCACCAUCAUCGCAACAAUCAGCGAAUAGCAGCUCAUCUUCUACAGAAACCACCUACCAGCUCUUUCAGCAGCUUAUGCAGCAGCAGCAGCUAUUCAUGCAGCAGCAGCAGCAACAGCUAAUGCAGCAGCAGCAAGAUUUCUUCCGGAGUGUCAUAUCAUCGAUCAAUGUUCAGGUCCCUCCAAACCCUGAAAUGAUUCUCGACUCGCUGGCGAACAACAUCAAAGAGUUUCGCUACGAUCCGGACGGAAACAUAACCUUCGCUGCAUGGUAUGGCAGAUACGACGAUUUGUUCGAGCAAGAUGCCGCACGGUUGGACGAUGAAGCGAAAGUCCGCUUGCUCAUGCGGAAACUAGGAUCAGCAGAACACGAACGUUACGUGAGUUACAUCAUACCGAAAUCGCCAAAAGAUUACAAAUUCAGCGAUACAGUGGAAAAGCUGAAAAUUCUUUUCGGCGCUGCUGAGUCUGUCAUCAGUAAACGGUAUCGGUGUCUACAGGUAACCAAACAACCGACCGAUGAUUAUGUCACGUACGCUUGUCGAAUCAACAAGACUUGUGUUGAAUUCGAGCUGAGCAAGCUGUCCGAAGAGCAGUUUAAAUGCUUAAUGUUUGUUUGCGGACUAAAGUCAGAGGGAGACGGCGAAAUACGAACGCGGCUGCUGGCGAAAAUCGAAGAACGUGAUGACGUCACACUAGAGCAUCUUUCGGAAGAUUGUCAGCGAUUGUUGUGCCUGAAGCGGGACACGGCAAUGAUCGAGUCAUCAGCAUCAACGUCAUCAGUGAAUUUCAUCAAGCGAAAACAGCAGUUUUCAAAACGUCAACAUAAGCCACCAGUGGAGUCAGCCGGACCAGACAAGAGCAAACAAAUACCCUCUACACCCUGCUGGUACUGCGGGGGAAUGCACUUCGUUCGAGACUGCACUCAUCGGAGCCACAAAUGCAAGGACUGCGGCAACAUCGGACAUCGCGAGGGAUAUUGUUCCUCUGCCAAGCGAAAUUUCAAGACCAGCCGAAACAGAAAGCACCCAGGAUCGUUAAAUACAAAAACCGUAAAUCUCCGUAUAAAUACCGUCGAUCAAAAGCGCCGUUUUGCUAAAAUUGUGCUGAACGGUGUGAAAGUGCGUCUACAGUUGGACACGGGGUCUGACGUAAGCAUCGUUUCGAAACGCUUGUGGGAGAAAAUAGGUAAACCACCCACUGCACCAGUAAAUGAGCUAGCCUCAACAGCGUCAGGCGACCGAUUGCAGUUUUUGUUUAAGUUCAGCAGUCUAGUGUCUUUCAACGGUGAACAACAUCACUGUCAGUUUUACGUGGUCGAAAACCCGCUUUAUCUUUUCGGAAUCGAUUUGAUGGAAGCAUUCGGUCUCUUUUCAUUACCCAUUAGCAUGUACUGCAACAACGUCAGUGUUCCUGCUAUCACUUUGCAGUCACUCAAAGCGGCAUACCCGAGUGUAUUUAGAAACGAGUUAGGGUUGUGCACGAAAACAAAAGUGAAAUUGGAACGGAAACCAGAUGCAACUCCAGUUUUUCGUCGGAAACGUCCAGUGGCUUAUGCAGUACAUUAG